AUGAAUCUCGGAGGCGACAUGCUACCCCAAUAUCGACAAGAAACACCAAAAACGUCUCCACAUAUCAUUUUACACUAUUCAUCGUUUAAAACGAUAUGGGAUUGGUCGAUAUUGGCGUUGACGUUUUAUACGGCUUUUAUGGUUCCAUUCAAUAUUGCAUUCAAGAAUAGCCUCCGCCCGUUCUACUUGAUCAGCUCAAGGGAGAACCCGGGAGGGGGAAUCGACUCGGUGGCAUUAAUGGAUUCUAUUGUUGAUGUCAUAUUCUUUGCCGAUAUUCUUCUCAACUUUCAUACCACUUUUGUAGGACCUGGCGGCGAGGUAGUGAUAGAACCGUCAGUAAUUAGGCAAAACUAUUUCAAAUCAUGGUUUCUGAUAGACCUGCUUUCCUGUCUACCGUACGAUAUAUUCUAUAUGUUCAAACGAGAUGAUGAGCGGAUAGGAAGCCUCUUCUCAGCUCUCAAAGUGGUCCGUCUCCUGCGAUUAGGAAGAGUCGCCCGCAAACUAGACAACUAUCUGGAAUAUGGAGCAGCCACAUUACUACUUCUACUGUGUGCAUAUGUGAUAGUUGCUCACUGGUUAGCAUGUGUCUGGUUUUGGAUUGGAGACUCAGAAGUACGGUUGAAAAUGGACAAUUUGGGACUGCCUGAUGGAUGGUUAUGGAAGUUAUCCAAUGACUUGAGGCAGCCUUACAACGUGUCGUUAUCUAACAAAACGACGCUAGUUGGAGGACCAUCUAGAACUUCUGCGUAUAUUUCAUCAUUAUACUACACGAUGAGUUGUAUGUCAACAGUAGGAUUCGGAAACAUUGCCAGUAACACGGACAACGAGAAAAUCUUCGGAGUCUGUAUGAUGAUCAUUUCUGCUUUACUUUAUGCUGCGAUAUUCGGUCACAUGACAACGAUUAUCCAGCAGAUGACAUCAAGUACUGUGAGAUACCAUGAGAUGAUCAGCAAUGUUCGAGAAUUCAUAAAACUUCAAGAAAUUCCGAAAGAACUUGCCGAACGAGUCAUGGAUUAUGUAGUCUCUACGUGGGCAAUGACAAAAGGAAUUGAUACGGCGAAAGUGCUUGGAUACUGUCCGAAAGAUAUGAAAGCAGACAUUUGUGUUCAUUUAAAUCGGAAAGUGUUCAACGAACACAGUUGUUUUCGUUUGGCUUCUGAUGGAUGUUUGAGAUCAUUGGCGAUGUUUCUGGAACUGAAUCAUGCAGCACCUGGGGAUCUUUUAUAUCAUACGGGAGAAUCUGUGGAUGCCCUUUGGUUUGUUGUAUCCGGGUCUUUAGAAGUGAUACAAGAUGAUGAAGUUGUGGCAAUUCUGGGAAAAGGAGACGUGUUUGGAGAUGAAUUCUGGAAAGCGAAUGGGUCAACUGGACAGUCGGCAGCCAACGUCAGAGCGUUGACUUAUUCGGAUUUGCAUAUGAUAAAGAAGGACAAGUUGAUGGAUGUACUCGAUUUCUACAAGGCGUUCGCAAACUCAUUUGCCAGAAAUAUGACGUUGACUUACAAUUUGACACACAGAAUGAAGUUUAGAAAGGUUGCCGAUGUGAAACGAGAAAAAGAACUAGAUGCAAAACGAAAGAACGAGAAACUGACAUUACCAAAUGAUCAUCCGAUUCGUAAACUAUUAUUCCGAAUGAGAGAACGACAUGGCCCACGAAUAUUCCCGAGUCCAAUGAUAUCAUCAUUACAUUCGAUGGUUGAUGAGACCGGAGGCUCCUCUUAUAUCCGAUCACCGAGAAAUAAACCAAAGAGACCGCCGUUAAUGAAACGUCAAACAGUCGAUGAAGAUGCUUUAUCUAGAACAAGUUGGGGUCUAGACAAGAAAGAUCGAGAAUGGAGUUCUCUAUCGAAUAUCAAAACAGAGAUGAAGAGCAAGUUCGAUAUGAUCGGAGAACGUCUCGGUAUUGUGGAACAGAUCAAUAAUCGAUUGGCAAUGUUGGAAAGAGCAAUUAUUGGAAAUAAUGGAGGAGCAAAUACUCCUUCCACAAUGCCAGUUGGCUCAUUUUCAGCAUUGAAUGACUCUGGGAACAGACUGACUCUUGAUGCUCCUCCAGUUGCGAGAAGUGUUUCUUGGAGUGAGCAACACCAACCACAAUGGCAGAGAGCCGUCCCUCCUCUCCGAGAACUUGAAGCAGGUGAAUGGGAACCUCCAUUCACUCCCAAUCCAACCACAUCAUCCCCUCAACCGCCGGUUCCUCAUAUCCAAAUUGACGAAGGAGAAUCAGCUCGUCCACCGACACGAACACGAAUUUAG